AGACAUUGCAUGGCCUGUUUUCGCUGAGAGAGGAACUCUUACUGGUCAAAGUUACCUGGGAAUGCCGACCAACUGGACGUUUCCACGACUAACUCCUGAGGGUAAUGACAACCUUUCCCAGCAAGAUGGUGCUUCGCCGCACUGGCAUCUUGCUGUCAAGAGAUCACUCAACGAGCACCUGCCAAACAGAUGGAUUGGUCGUGCUGAACGAGAAGAUCAGGUGUUCUGGUCACCGGACCUAACUGCUUUUGACUUCUUUCUUUGGGGGUACGUGAAGAGCACAGUCUACGUGCCACCACUACCUGUAACCCUGGAACAGCUGAAUAUUUCGACCACGGAGACUGUACGCAAAAUAACCAGCUAUACUGUAGAGUAUCUGGACCGAACUGGACUGUCGCGUCGAUGUUUUCCGAGCAACCAGAGGGGUCGCACACUGAGAGUCUUUUAAUGUUCCAAAACCACGUGAAACUGAAUUAAAUACUGGACCUCAACCUGCUAACUGUGAAAGAUCAUUACAUUAAAGCUACAUGUUAUACCUGUUUCAAUUCAGGAAAUU